AUGCGGUCUCCGGGCCAUGCGAAUAGCGAUAUUACCUCGAAUCAGGGUUCCAAUACCCCGACAUCUGCGAUAGGUAGUCCAGAUAGAGGUGUGCGUACAAUUCCCAUUCGACAGCCGCCGAGAAAGAAGACCGGGUUGCGCGCUGCACGAAAGGGUAUACUAAGGUCAAUGAGCGACCUUCUUACGUUGAGGGAGGAAGAGAAACGCCUCGUUCAGCAUCGGAUCCAGCAGAGACAAGAUACGAUUACCGAAAUCGAUACGUUUGCGAACAAAAAGGAACGACUUGAGAAAACGAUAUCGGACAUGGAGAAUGAUCGCGAGGGGGAAAGAGCACGCAAGUUGAAAGGAGAAGCGAAAAGUCUCGAGCAUGAGAUCAACGAGCUUGAACUCAAGCUUGCUGAUAUGAAGGCAAGACACCGUCAUAUUAUCCAAGAAGUGUCUCGCAUAGAGAAUUCCGUGGACGCGAAAUUAUCGUCAUAUAAAGAGUCCUUGUCUAUUCUGGACACCGAAGUCCGCCGGUAUCUAGGAAAUCCACCCCUCCAACCCUUACGGCCUGAUGUUGACAGAUCGUCUUUUUACUCAUUGCACCCUAAGCGACGAACACUCGAAAUGGCCCGCGAUCACUGGCGAACAGAACAAACAGAAUUGAAGGAGAGACUGCACAACGUGGAUCUCGAAAUCGCUGCACUAGAUGAUGGGGGGCCUCUGUGGCAAAGUGUGAUCAGGCAGAUUUCAGCCUUCGAAAGGAGACUGAAGGACGAGAUGCAACAAUCCAUCAUCCUAUCAAAGUCAAUGUUGCCUGGCUUAGGAAAUCCGGCCGAUCAACAAGAACAAGGCAGAAGGAUUCUAGCGGACUUGGAGAUUACAACUCGCCAGAUUGAAGAAAAGCUCGAGAUGGCCGAGGAGAAAGACUGGAGGCUACUUGUCUGCAGUAUUGGCGCAGAGCUGCAAGCUCUACGAGAAGCGCAGAGCCUAUUGAAGCAAGCAUUUGAUUACAAACAACCGGAAGAACAGGAAGAUGAAAAUGAGCCUGUAAUUGGCGCUGCAGACAACGAUGAUAAUGACCAACAACGCACAGUUAAAGAAACAAAAGACAGGAACUCGAACAAUCAUCCCCCUCCAACAAUUACCAUCCCGAGUGAAGACGAUGAACAUGCGGACGAGCCACCGGCCGAUUUACUAAAAGAUUUAACGUCAGAAGAUGUGAAAGCCAUGGCAUUCCGAUCAGAAGAUGAGGACGACGAACCUGAUCCAGCCUGGUUACUAUCUGAUCCAUAA